UGAAGCUGAUAGUACUAAUUUCAUAUCCCCAAUUUUAUUAGGCAUUUUUUAAAAGAUAUAUAAAUCUAUUCCAAGAUGGUUGUGUGCCGGUUCUUCCAGCAAGGUUCUUGCCGCUAUGGGACAAAAUGCCACAACGAACACUUCGAUGUCAAGCAAUACCUCAAAGCCGACAUGGAAUCGAGCUUGAAUGGCAAGAUGUGGCCCUUCUCCGCCUACGGACCCUUCAAGGACAAGGCCAAUUUCCCCAACUUCAUCGAGGAUCAAUCCUUCGAGGAGGUCCGCUUUCUGUGCUACGAGGCCAAGCGACAGAACCAAUUCGAACAAUUCGGCCAGCAGUUCAAUCGCGAGGUCAUGGAGGCCACCAACAAGAUGAAGACCAUGCUGCAGAUGUCGCCGCAGAUUCUAGAGAUUAUGAUCAAGAUACACGAGACGCCCGAAGGCGGAACUGUGUCGGCUGCCCCGCAGCAGCCCAAUAAUCCCUUUGCUGCAGCUGCUCCGGCGGCCAAUCAAUCAGCGUCCAUUUUUGCCAAGCCCACUUUGAGUGCGGGAAACAUCUUCGGUAAUGCCACGAAUCAAGUCAACAACGCCGGCAGUAUUUUUGGUGGUAGCAUGGCGAAUGCGAAUCCGGGCAACAGCAUUUUUGGCGGAGGAGCUGUGGGAGGAGGAGCAACAAGUGUCUUUGGGCAGCCACAGCAACCGCAACAACAACAGCCUGCCGCUCAAGCCUUCCAAGGAGGCAACAUUUUCGGCCAGGCACCAGUUCAGCCAGUGAAUCCCAAUCCUUUCGGUGGCUUCCAACAGCAGCAGCAACCUCAACCGGCGGGUAUCUUUGGCCAGGCAGCUAACUCAAAUAUGGGUGGAAUCUUUGGCCAGGCGGCACAGCAGCAGCAACCUCCUUCCGGAUUAUUUGCUCAGGCAGCAGCCACCGGUUUUCCAAACCAACAGCAACAAAUGCAACAGCAACAGAUGCAACAGCAGCAACAACAGCAACAGCAGCAGCAACAGUUGCAAAUGCAACAGCAGCAACAACAGAUGAUGCAGCAACAGCAACAGCAACUGUUGCAACAGCAGCAGCAAGCCCAGAUGGCCAGCGAAGUCCAAUCCUCGGUUUACAGUCGCAUGGAAGAUCUCAACGAACAGGAAAUCGAAGCCUUCAAGGCGGAACAGUUUAUGCAAGGUGCCUUGCCCUUUAAGCCACCACCACGGGAACUUUGCUGAGCCAAAAACUAGCGUAUAAUGUAUAUAAUUCUACAUAGAGCUGAUAUUAAUUAAGUACAACUAAUAAACUAAUGCAUCAUCA